AUGACUGAUAUUCUGUUACUGCUUUUGUUUUGCCAGGAUGUAAGUUUAUGGUUAGAAGAAAUAAAGCUUGAUAGCUAUUGUCAAUUUUUCAAAGAAAAUGGUGUUAAUGGAGAGUAUUUGGAGGGGAUGUCCAUGUUCACAACUGAACAAAUUCUCCGGUUUAUAAGAAAGUGCCACAUGCAAUGAGGAUUCAUUAUGUUGUGCAAGGAGAUGAGGCGGAUAAAAGUGGCUUGCUUGAAGGGAGAACAAAGAGUCUGGCGACCAUGGUGGGCCCCGUCUUGUAUCUCCGUAGUGUUUAUGAAGACGGGCAAUCGCAACAGGCAGUAUAGAAUGGUUUCAUUAAAGUUGGAACCUUAG